AUGGUUCUGUGGAAUAAAUUGAGUUGCUUAUGGACCUUAGGUUUCUGUCUGGUAACCAGUAAGCGGUUCAGCGUCCCUUCCAUCAAAGACAAGAGUUUCAUAGACCAGUGUGUUGAUGCUCACAAUGAAUUGCGGCGCCAAGUCCAGCCCCCUGCGGCCAACAUGAAAUACAUGAGUUGGGAUGAAGGUUUAGCGAAGAUUUCAAAAGCAUGGGCAAACCAAUGCCAAAUGGAACACAACCACUGUUUGUCAAAUUCAUAUCAUUGUCAUCCAAUUUUUAUAUCUAUGGGAGAAAAUAUCUGGUUAGGUGACUCAUACAACCUUACACCAAAAAGUGUUAUUAAUCAUUGGUAUAAUGAAAGCAUAUUUUAUAAUUUUAAUAGACUACAGUGUUCUAAAAUUUGUACCCAUUAUACACAGGUAAUUUGGGCCAAUUCAUAUAAAGUUGGUUGUGCAAUUAAUAUUUGUCCUGACCUUGGGGGAACUGAAACUGCAAUAUUUAUAUGUGACUAUGGACCUCCAGGAAAUUAUGAACGGACUCCCCCUUACACUAAAGGAGUACCCUGUUCUAAGUGUGGAAAAGAAGACAGUUGUGAAAAUAAGCUCUGCCGAAAUAAAGAACGUGAUACACUCAUAGAAUAUCCAAAUUGGAAUCCACAUGGGAAAGCUGCACAGCAGACAGCCUGUAAUCUCUUGUGCCUGGUUUGUGUUCUUCUGAGACUGUUUUAA